CAGGCUCCUCUCGGGCAGCAACGGCUGCGCGGCGACCCCGUCUCUCCGCCUCUCUUUGCCAUCCCACCUCCCGCAGCCUCUCUCCUCCGCGUAGCACGCCCGGCCCGGCCCGGCCGUGGCCCUCCUCGGUGCCGUCCGCCAUGGCAGAGGCGUCCGGCGCGGAGAAAAUCUAGCCCGGGGAUUUCAUGCGGCCUAGCUUGGUUCCGUCUCGUCCCCCCGCCGUCUCGGCGGCUGCCCGCACCCCAGCCCCACUCCGGGCCUCCGUGUCUCUCCUGUGAUCGUACUGACACGGCCGGGGGGUUAGAAUGGAACAAACUGAAGGCCCGAUGAGAGAAAGGGAAAGUUAAGGAUGCUGGAGCAGAACAAUGGAUUUCUCUUUCUCUUUCAUGCAAGGGAUCAUGGGAAACACAAUUCAGCAACCACCUCAACUCAUUGACUCCGCCAACAUUCGUCAGGAGGAUGCCUUUGAUAACAACAGUGACAUUGCUGAAGAUGGUGGCCAGACACCAUAUGAAGCUACCUUGCAGCAAGGCUUUCAGUACCCGCCUACAACAGAAGAUCUUCCUCCACUCACAAAUGGCUUUCCACCAUCAGUCAGCAUGUAUGAAACUCAGACCAAAUACCAGUCAUAUAAUCAGUAUCCCAAUGGAUCAGCCAAUGGCUUUGGUGCAGUUAGAAACUUUAGUCCCACUGACUAUUACCAUUCAGAAAUUCCAAACACAAGACCACAUGAAAUUCUGGAAAAACCUUCCCCUCCACAGCCACCACCUCCUCCUUCGGUACCACAAACUGUGAUUCCAAAGAAGACUGGCUCACCUGAAAUUAAACUAAAAAUAACCAAAACUAUCCAGAAUGGCAGGGAAUUGUUUGAGUCUUCCCUUUGUGGAGACCUUUUAAAUGAAGUACAGGCAAGUGAGCACACAAAGUCAAAGCAUGAAAGCAGAAAAGAAAAGAGGAAAAAAAGCAGCAAGCAUGACUCAUCUAGAUCUGAAGAGCGCAAGUCACACAAAAUCCCCAAAUUGGAACCAGAGGAACAAAAUAGACCAAAUGAGAGGGUUGACACUGUAUCAGAAAAAACAAGAGAAGAUCCAGUACUAAAAGAAGAAGCCCCAGUUCAGCCGAUACUAUCUUCUGUUCCAACAGCAGAAGUGUCCACUGGUGUUAAGUUCCAGGUUGGUGAUCUUGUUUGGUCCAAGGUUGGAACCUAUCCUUGGUGGCCUUGUAUGGUUUCAAGUGAUCCCCAGCUCGAGGUUCAUACCAAAAUUAACACAAGAGGUGCCAGGGAAUAUCAUGUCCAAUUUUUUAGCAACCAGCCAGAGAGGGCAUGGGUUCAUGAAAAGCGGGUACGCGAAUAUAAAGGUCAUAAACAGUAUGAGGAAUUACUGGCUGAGGCAACCAAACAAGCCAGCAAUCAUUCUGAGAAACAAAAGAUUAGGAAACCCCGACCUCAGAGAGAGCGUGCUCAGUGGGAUAUUGGCAUUGCCCAUGCAGAGAAAGCAUUGAAAAUGACUCGAGAAGAAAGAAUAGAACAGUAUACUUUUAUCUAUAUUGAUAAACAGCCUGAAGAGGCUUUAUCCCAGACUAAAAAGAAUGUCGCCUCCAAAGCCGAAGUUAAAAAAACCCGAAGACCAAGAUCUGUGCUGAAUACGCAGCCAGAACAGACCAAUGCAGGGGAGGUGGCCUCAUCGCUAUCAAGUACUGAAAUUCGGAGGCAGAGCCAGAGGCGGCACACAAGUGUGGAAGAGGAAGAACCACCUCCUGUUAAAAUAGCCUGGAAAACUGCAGCAGCAAGAAAAUCCUUACCAGCCUCCAUUACGAUGCACAAAGGGAGCCUGGAUUUGCAGAAGUGUAACAUGUCUCCAGUUGUGAAAAUUGAACAAGUGUUUGCUCUUCAGAAUGCUACAGGAGAUGGGAAAUUUAUCGAUCAAUUUGUUUAUUCAACAAAGGGAAUUGGUAACAAAACAGAAAUAAGUGUCAGGGGGCAAGACAGGCUUAUAAUUUCUACACCAAAUCAGAGAAAUGAAAAGCCAACGCAGAAUAUAUCAUCUCCUGAAGCAACAUGUGGUCCUACAGGCUCAGUAGAAAAGAAGCAACAGAGAAGAUCAAUUAGAACUCGUUCCGAAUCAGAGAAAUCCACUGAGGUUGUGCCAAAGAAGAAGAUCAAAAAGGAGCAGGUUGAAACAGUUCCUCAGGCUACGAUGAAGACCGGAUUACAGAAAGGUGCCAGCGAGAUUUCAGAUUCCUGUAAACCUCUAAAGAAAAGGAGUCGCGCCUCAACUGAUGUAGAGAUGACUAGUUCAGCAUACAGAGACACAUCUGACUCUGAUUCUAGAGGACUGAGUGAUCUGCAGGUAGGCUUUGGAAAGCAAGUAGAUAGCCCUUCAGCUACUGCAGAUGCAGAUGUUUCUGAUGUGCAGUCCAUGGAUUCAAGUUUGUCAAGAAGAGGCAUUGGAAUGAGUAAGAAGGACACUGUGUGUCAGAUCUGUGAGAGCUCUGGGGACUCUCUGAUUCCUUGUGUGGGAGAGUGCUGCAAACACUUUCACCUGGAGUGCCUAGGAUUGACAUCACUCCCUGAUGAAAAGUUCAUCUGCAUGGAAUGUAAAACCGGGCAGCAUUCAUGUUUUUCAUGUAAGGUGUCUAGUAAAGAUGUGAAACGUUGUUCUGUUGGUGCUUGUGGGAAAUUUUAUCAUGAAGCCUGUGUCCGCAAAUUCCCCACUGCCAUCUUUGAAUCAAAAGGAUUCCGCUGUCCCCAGCACUGCUGCUCUGCCUGCUGUAUGGAGAAGGAUAUCCACAAAGCAAGUAAAGGCCGCAUGAUGAGAUGUUUGAGAUGUCCAGUUGCCUUUCACUCUGGAGAUGCUUGCGUUGCUGCUGGAAGCAUGUUUGUGUCCUCCUACGUUCUCAUCUGCAGUAAUCAUUCCAGACGGAGCAGUAACUCUUCUUCUGCUGUAAAUGUAGGCUUUUGUUUCGUUUGUGCCAGAGGGCUGAUAGUUCAGGACCAUUCAGACCCCAUGUUCAGUUCAUAUGCCUAUAAGUCCCACUACCUACUGAAUGAAUCAAAUCGUGCUGAGUUGAUGAAAUUACCUAUGAUUCCUUCCUCGUCAGCUUCCAAAAAGAAAUGUGAGAAAGGUGGAAGAUUGCUUUGCUGUGAAUCGUGCCCAGCUUCCUUCCACCCGGAAUGCCUGAGCAUAGAAAUGCCGGAAGGCUGCUGGAAUUGUAAUGACUGUAAAGCUGGCAAGAAACUUCAUUACAAGCAGAUUGUUUGGGUCAAAUUGGGAAAUUACAGAUGGUGGCCGGCAGAGAUCUGCAACCCCAGGUCUGUGCCACUGAACAUCCAGGGCCUUAAACAUGACCUGGGGGACUUCCCUGUGUUCUUCUUCGGUUCUCAUGACUAUUAUUGGGUGCACCAGGGCAGAGUGUUCCCUUAUGUUGAAGGAGACAAAAGCUUUGCUGAGGGACAGACUAGUAUUAACAAGACCUUCAAAAAAGCACUGGAGGAAGCUGCAAAACGUUUCCAGGAAUUGAAAGCACAAAGAGAAAGUAAAGAAGCAUUAGAGACUGAAAAAAACUCAAGAAAACCCCCUCCUUACAAACACAUCAAAGCUAACAAAGUAAUAGGAAAGGUACAGAUCCAGGUUGCUGACCUGUCAGAGAUUCCCCGCUGUAACUGCAAGCCAGCUGAUGAAAACCCUUGCGGCUUGGAAUCAGAGUGCCUGAACAGAAUGUUGCAGUAUGAGUGUCACCCGCAGGUGUGCCCCGCUGGAGAUCGGUGUCAGAACCAGUGCUUUACGAAGAGGCUCUACCCUGAUGCCGAGAUCAUCAAAACGGAACGGAGAGGCUGGGGCCUCAGGACCAAAAGGAGCAUUAAGAAGGGUGAAUUUGUAAAUGAGUAUGUUGGUGAAUUAAUUGACGAAGAAGAAUGCAGACUGCGAAUCAAGCGAGCACACGAGAACAGUGUAACUAAUUUUUAUAUGUUAACUGUUACCAAGGACCGUAUAAUUGAUGCUGGCCCCAAAGGAAAUUAUUCUCGCUUUAUGAACCACAGUUGUAAUCCAAACUGUGAAACACAAAAGUGGACAGUGAACGGAGAUGUUCGAGUUGGACUUUUUGCUCUUUGUGAUAUUCCUGCAGGGAUGGAGUUAACAUUUAAUUAUAACUUGGAUUGUCUGGGCAAUGGCAGAACAGAGUGCCACUGUGGAGCGGAUAACUGCAGUGGCUUUCUAGGAGUGCGGCCGAAGUCGGCAUGUGUGUCAACAACUGAAGAGAAGGCCAAAAAUGCUAAGUUAAAGCAGAAGAGACGAAAAAUCAAAACAGAACCAAAGCAGAUACAUGAAGAUUACUGUUUCCAGUGUGGAGAUGGUGGAGAGCUGGUCAUGUGUGACAAAAAAGACUGUCCCAAAGCAUACCACCUCCUAUGCCUUAACCUGACUCAGCCACCAUACGGGAAGUGGGAGUGCCCGUGGCAUCAGUGCGAUGAGUGCAACAGCACAGCCAUUUCCUUCUGCGAGUUCUGCCCACGUUCAUUUUGUAAAGAUCAUGGAAAGGGGGCUUUGGUUCCCUCUGCGCUGGAAGGCCGUCUCUGCUGCUCUGAACAUGACCCCGUAUCUCCUGUGUCGUCAGAAUACUGGAGCAAGAUAAAAUGUAAAUGGGAAUCACAAGAUCAUGGAGAAGAAGUAAAAGAGUAAAUGGGUAGUGAUUUCUCCCCCCCCCCCACUUUAUUUAAAUGAAGAGAGAAAAGCAAAAAGAUCAUGCAUUUUAAAAAAAGAGACUGCUGCAGUGCAUACAGCCUUUGCCAUCGGAACUGCCUUGUUAAGGCGAAAAUGGAAAAGUAGUUCAUGCAGGCAGAAGCAGGCGGUGAUGUCUGGUUUCCCGUUCGCUCUGUUGGUUUGGGGAUUCUUCUGUGGAGGGCUAAAUUCCCUUGGUCUUUUCUUGCCUGUUACUGUGCUUCAAUGCCUUUGCAGCUGGAAGAAGAGAUAUCUUAGCUUUUGAAAUAAGAACAAAGAAAAGGAAGUUUUGUUAAUAAGAUGAAUUUAAAGUCUGAGAUGUGUCCCUUGGUUGUACAAAGCAGAAGUAGCCAUCAUUCCUUUAUUAUUUUCAUUUUUAGGAAUUCCAAGAAGUGUAGUUCAGAUUGUUUGACAGUGUGCGUGUGCGCGUGUGUGCGUGCGCGCGCGUGUGUGAAGUAGGGAUCAGAGAAAGCCCUCUAGAGAAAGGCGUGAUAAUCUUUACAUCCUCUUUCCUGCACCGUAGGCAGGCUCACUCUUCUUUCCCUUCAAACUGUGUUUCAUGGUCUUAGGGAAGGACUCUAUGGAAGUACUAAGUCUGGCCUCUUGAAAACAAAUGCCUCGGUAGCUUUUACCUCUGCGGUCUUAAACCAGGCGGGCUUUGUGAUAUGGUGACUUUACCUAGAAAGGCAUAUAAUGUGUUUUUUUGUUUUGGAGGGGAAAAAAAGGAAUGGAUGCCCUCACUGAUUUUGAAAUGUUUUCCAUUGCCAGUGGGUUUCUUUGAUGAGGCGGGUUUGUGUGGAUAUGAAUGCAUAGUUGGAAUGGUCACACCUGUUAUCCUGACACGUAGAUAAAGGUAGUUAAAGGGAGAUGAAAGGCAUAGACCAAAAGUUGAAACAUAUAAUCCUCAUUGUCUGUCCAACUUAAUGUAGACCCUGGUCUGACUUGUAGAGAAUAGUGGGCAUUUUAUUCUCUGUCUCUGCUGCCCUCUCCGAAUCAAACAUUUCCUUUGUCAACUGACCAGUCAUGUUU